AUGUUCUGUCUAGCUGACAUCCUAGUUUACUUGCUCGGGCAUGCAAGUUGGAGUAAAGAGAGACUGAAGGGGUUCAGGAAGGAGAAGGGAUAUCGACUGCAUGUCGAUGGCCAUGUCCUUACAGUUGAGCUUCAUAGUUUGACACACGAUCAUAUCUAUGUACGAGCCCAGUGCACCCGUGAGACAUCACAGUCUGAGAAGGCCUACUUAACCUGGUGUCUACUGGAGAAGGAAAAUGCUUGUAUUGUGUCAGCAGGAUGUGAAUGUACAGGUGAUGAUGGUGCUUGUAAGCACGUUGUUGCCCUACUGUUCAGCAUAGUGGACUGGUCUGACAGACAUGUGGACAGGAGUACAGAGACCUGCAGAUGUCAAAACGUCCGAUGCGCCCGAUGGCUGACAUGCCGAGUUAGUGGAGACCCCUUGGAGAGUACAGAUGUUAGGUGUCUUGACAAGUGCCACAUAGCCCAAGCCCCGGAUGUGUGCGCCGUUGGCGAUCCCGCUGUUUACCUGACCGGAAGUAGGAAGGGUCAGCCGGUCAGGUGUACCACCAACAAUGACUGUAGGAAUGGAACAGAGUGUGUGCUGUGUACAUACGCCCAGAAUUGA